AUGUCCGGAUAUAUCAGGCAACAAACCCCUGUUGAGUACAAGUCACAUGAUAAUCAGCUGUCGGAUCGAUGGGGGGGGGGGGGGGGGGGGGGCAGCGUCAAGAAGUCGGUGCUCCGCACCAUCCCCACCGUGCCCUACGUGUCCGUCGACGCCGGCAAGGGCACGGAGGAGGAGGCCGCCGCGGCGCCCGACUGCACCAUCUGCCUCGCCGAGUUCGAGGACGGCGAGGCCAUGCGUGUUCUGCCGCAGUGCGGCCACGCCUUCCACGCAGCCUGCGUCGACAAGUGGCUGUGCGGCCACUCCUCCUGCCCCUCCGGCCGCCGGAUCCUCGCCGGCCGGCCAAUAGUGGCAGCGCUGUGGCGCGCGCCCCGACCCAGUCGUGGCGACCUGGAAGCCACCGGCCCACUACGGCGUGAUGCUGCCCUUCUUGCGGUAGCGGCCCGCGCGCUAGCUCUCUCCAUAGAUCUGGGCGAGAGCUAGAAGAUGACUACCAGAGGAACCAGUCAAUUAAUCAAUGAGCCUUCUAUUUGGUCAAAUAUCUCGCCUGCUUCUCUUUAGACUAGUCACAGUGGAGAGUAACUUACACUAGUAACAUACACGCUAUCUUAGACUUACGUCAAAAAAAAAAAUACACGCUAUCCUAGACUAUGUUACUACCUCCAUAGUGAGUAUUAACAUAUGUGUAGUGUCAUGCAAAGCUUCAUUUAUUAGAUUAUAUAGCCUUAUUUUGUCUUCCUAUGUGUGAUGUUACUCAUAGAAUGAGUGACUAGCUAAGUUACUCAAUUUAUCUCUCUUCUCAUUAACUCAUUGUCAGAUAGACAAAUUUGUUGAGUUGGAGCUGAUGUUAGUCUUGAAGUUACUCCCACUGUGGCCAGUCUUAAUUACUUUCCUUUGUUUUUAUCAUCAUCAGCAGUUCUUCUUACUGCCAAGCUGGAAAUGCAUAUAAGAUUUCUGAAUUUAGGACCCUGGUUUGCAGGUGGGUGGUGAUCAAGCUUUGUACAUUUGUAAAUAGUAACUAUGAAUACCUUUGCUUCCCAUUUAAUCAAUUUGGCCAAGUCUGCAAAUGUGUUGUUCCCUGUUCUUGAGUAAAUUGAUUAGGUUUGCGCUUUGU